AUGCGGGGGGAUGAAGAAGAGCGAGCGCAGCGCAGCGCGCAGGAAGGAGCGCUGAAUGGUUUGGUCGAAGCUGCAACUGCGGAUUUCGCAGGGGCAAGAGCGGCUCGCACCGAUGCCCCCGCCAACUGUGGCAGCUCGCUCUCAGAGCAGCUACAACAACUGCAGCAAAGGCUUGCUGCCAUGCGGUGGGAAGACGAUUUCCCAAGGGAGGAGCAGAGCAAGUACCCAGCAGAUGCCCAGAAUGCGGCCGGUUGUUGCGACGGCAGCAGUCGAGCCUUUGAGCGCGAGGGAGUGAAGCAGUCUUCAGAGCCACACCCUCAGAAAUCCCUAGAAAGCAGCGCGAAAACUUCCCUAGGCAGCUUCAUGAUGGCGCUUGCUGCCUCUGCUGCCCACUCCGUUGCCGAAAAAAUCGAACAGUCGGCGCACCACCUCUUCAAGCCCCCAAGUCUCUACGAAAUAGCAGAUCGCGUCUUUUUAUGCGAUCGAACAGAAAACGCCUCUCCUCUCAAUGCCUUGAUUUCCUCUUACAUGGACGCCACACACCCGUUCAGCUAUUUGGUCAUAGACAUGGCGGAUAAGCGCCGUCGCAGCACAUCAGAAUUCAAGACUGGCACCACCCUAGAUGCAGAGUUGUGCGGCCUCUCCUAUCCGCCUUUGCGCCUGUGUCUGUCCCUCUGCGUCAGCGCCGGCAGAUGGAUGCGGGGAGAUGACAAACACGUACUUUUGCUGCAAUCUUUCAGGAGUCUAGGCCGCUCCGUCUGCCUCGCUGCAGCCUUCCUCUCUUGGACAGGUGCUGCACGAGACACACGAGCAGCUGUACGUCGAAUUGCGAUGGCUUUAGGCUUCGAACCGGAGGCGUUUCCCCUCCUGCCCAGUCAAAGACGCUUCUUGGAGUUCUUUGACUGCCUCAUGGAAAUCCCUUCUCCUUUCGCCUCGCGCGCUCCCGCGCACUCGACGGAGGAAGAGCAAGCUGCAAACCACAGGAGGCAGCUGCAGCAGCGGCUGCUCCCUAGACAGCUACGCAGAAUUAUCUUCUCUGGCCUCCCUGCCAUAGAGGAGUUCGCGAACGCCUUCGACGGGGGCGCCUUGUGCUCCUCUUCUGAAGGAGAUGGCAGUGACUUCGCAGACGAUGCGGACGAGAAAACCGCGAAGCCACGCCAGCACGUUCGGCUGCUCUUCCGUCCAGUGCUCGAAGUGUGGCUGGAAGGCGUGUUGGUGUAUUCGUCUUUGCAACAGCAAGCCUGCUCUUUCGCCGCGUCGAAUGGUGCAGCAUUUCAUUACCAUGAUGAGAAGCAACAGAAGACGCAGCAACAAAACCACCAACAGCAACAAAACCACCAACAGCAACAAAAAUACCAACAGCAACAACAAGGCCUCUGCUGGUGCUGCGCCAGCCAAGUGCCAGUGUACAGUCCGGAGGACGAAAGUUUGAAGUUCGACAUUCCCGCUGGCGUCGCUCUUUGUGGCGAUGUGCUGCUGCGACUGCUGCACGUGCUCCCGGAGAGAAUCAGCCCGUCGCAGCAGCAGCAGCGUUUGCAACAGGACGCUCCUGCAUGCAGCAGCAGCACCUGCAGUCAAACCCCCAUUCGGGGUCGUAAAGUGCCGAUGGCGCGCGUCGCAUUUCACUCGGGAGUCGUGGAUUUGGCAGGAUGCGUUUCCUUCUGCAAGGCAGACUUGGAUGGGGGUCCUAUGCUCGCAGCAGCCUUCCCGGAGGACUGCUUUUUUUCUGUGUUUUUUGACCCUUUGAACUCCCUAGAAGAGGCUUCUUACAGCGCUACUGCAUGCGAAGGCGCGUGCGGAGUGCCCGGGGGAAGAAGCGGCAAAGACACAGCAGCGGCUGCAGCGGCUGCUCCUGCUGCCGCGAGAGAGCUGCAGCAGCUAGCCAGGCGAGUCAGAGAAGAAGGCGUUCAAUGCCGUGAGUUUCGGCGAAGGCAGCAGUGGCUGGAAGCUCCGACUCCUCCGCUUGCGGCAGAAGCUGGGGGAGUAGAUGACGGCGAGACAGGAUAUCCUCGGAAUGAACGGCGAGUCUGUGGAGCACUGUACAAGAGCUGUGGAGGGCCAAGUGGUUUCUUGACGCCUCCUCGGGGAGAAGUGCAGUCGCUUUUUGUUGGUGACGUGGCGAGGAAAUCUUCGCCUGAGCGCCUGGACUUGCAACACUGGAGUUGUGGCGAGGGCGCUCUUCCGAGUACGUCGAGAGCUGCAGCAGCAGCACCUGGCGCACAGUGGCCCCUUAGGGAAGUGUUGCCGUGGGAGGGAAGACAGCGGCAGGAAAAGAAGGAAGAGAGUGAAAGCGACAUUAGUUGGGGUUGUAGCGAAGACGAAGAAGACACAGCGAACUCAAAGUCUCUGCCUCCUCUUUCGGCUGAAAAUAUCCUGUCUCCCAGCUCCACAGGAGAGUCUUCGAUCUCGCAGCCUCUUCCAGCAGCUCCUCCGUCAUGUGCAUCAGCCGUAGCCGGCGAGAUAGAUGACGCAGGCAUUUUGCGACCAUACUCCACUACCACUACUACCAGCAUCAGCAAGAAUUCAGACGACAGUCUGCGUGAUCCUGUUGCACGAGCACCGCCAGAGGCUGAAUUUCCGGAGGAAGCGACGACUACAACAAGAGCGGCGAAAGGCCUCUUGCCACCCCGCAAUGGGCACCUCCAGUCCGCUUGCCACGUAGGAGGAUCCAGUGUACAGAGUGCAGCUUUCUCAGAGGCAAGAGGCGACGGAUUCAUCUCAUUGACACCGACCCGCCUUUUCGCAAGAGAUGCAGUGCAUGCACUGCAUGCAACAGCAGCUGCAGCACGAGAGGAAGGAGUGACAGCGGAGAGCGCCGGCUCUCGGGCGAGCAGCACUGCCGAAUGGAUUGCUGUGAGCUCCCCAGUCUCCUCGCCAGUGCUGCUGGCGUCUCCCCGCUUAACGUCUCAGGAGGUUCCCAGCAGCAGCAACAGCAGCAACGAAAGCAGUGGCAACACCACACCCAAACACCCAAAGAGCGACGAGGCUGUUGUUGAAGUAAAGAGUGCCUCUACAGACAUAGUGGAGAUAACGGUAGCAGGAGCAGUAGUGCCUGCAGCUGGCCUCAUAGAGGCUGUUGUUGAAAUAAAGAGUGCCUCUACAGACAUAGUGGAGAUAACGGUAGCAGGAACGGUAGUGCCUGCAGCUGGCCUCAUAGAGGCUGUUGUUGAAAUAAAGAGUGCCUCUACAGACAUAGUGGAGAUAACGGUAGCAGGAACGGUAGUGCCUGCAGCUGGCCUCAUAGAGGCUGUUGUUGAAGUAAAGAGUGCCUCUACAGACAUAGUGGAGAUAACGGUAGCAGGAGCAGUAGUGCCUGCAGCUGGCCUCAUAGAGGCUGUUGUUGAAGUAAAGAGUGCCUCUACAGACAUAGUGGAGAUAACGGUAGCAGGAGCAGUAGUGCCUGCAGCUUCACAGAACCUCUCCCUCCGCGCAGCCUCUGCUGCUUGCGUUCACUUGCGCGCAGCGGCGCUUCACGCCUCGCAGUAUAUUCAGGAAAAGACGUGCACCUCAGCCCGGUUGCUACUCUUGCUACAGGUUCUCUAA